AUGGGGAAUUGUGCUCUCAAAGGUGCCGUUGAGGAGUGCAGCCAUUCCAUCAGGGUUUUAACCGAUGCCGGCGAAAUCAUUGAUUUCAAGGGCCCCAAACUAGCUCGGGACAUCGUAAAUGGUUUUCCAGGGUAUGGUAUUUGCAGAAGAGGCCAAGCUUCAGCCCCAUUGGCUGAAGAUGAAUGCUUGGUUAAUGGGGGAUUUUACUAUCUUCUUCCCAUGGGCAAGUUUCAGAAAAAUGGUGACUCUGGGGUGAUUCCAAAGGAUAAGGAAGAAGGUGUUAAGAAAGAUGAAGUGGAUCGGGUUGAUCAGAUAGAGCGACCGAAGAUGUCGUCGGCGGAUUUCGUUGAGAAUUUGUCGAGUGGGUCUUCGUCGGCUUUGGAAGUGCUGUCGUCGGAGAAGAACGGGGUUUGGAAGGUGAAAUUGGUGAUCAGCAGUCAGCAACUGGGGGAUAUUUUGUCGCAACAAGUGAACACUGAGGCGUUGAUUGAGAAGAUGAGGAUGGCGGCUAGCUCAGCUGUUGUAACUCCACGGCGGACCAAGCGGUUUUGGGGGGUGGCCUCCUGGAAGAAGCCAGCGGUGUCAAGUGUGUUCAAGGUUGCCACUGAUAAUACCAAAUCACCAUAG